UCUAGUGGACGGUUCUUCAGAAACAGCUCGUCAACCACCUCCGUAGCUUGCUAGACGACAUAGCCGAAAGAUUCAAGCUAUUUAUACGCUUUCGGUGUAUAUUUCAUGCUGUGUUUUAGACACACUUCUAUCGUAUCUACGUGUAAACCUAUUUAAUAUAAUAUUGCGAUAUUUUGGAUUAGUCAGCUAUAGUAGCUGGCUGGUUAAGUUAACCCUAGCCUAGUCGCUAAUGAUAGCUAGCUAGCUAACAUCCCCGAACAUGAGCUCCCUAAACUACUCCCCCCCUGUUAAAGAAGAGGAGGUCUGUUGGACGGAGGAAGAAGCUCUGGCGCUGAACAUUGUCGUGAAAGAGGAGAAGAAAGAGGAGGAUGUCACAGUAAAACAAGAAGUAGAUGGUGAGACUGUGAAAGAAGAAGCGAAAGGCGUUUCAGUGAAAGAAGAGGAAGACCCGUUCAGAGUGAAAGAGGAGGAGGAUGUUACAAUAAAAGAAGAGGAUGUAGUUUUUGCAGUGAAGGAAGGGGAGAUUACUGUCACAUUGAAAGAUGAAGAGGAGGAGAAAGGAGAUAUGAUUAACACCAGAGAGAGAGGUGACUAUCGUGGAUCCUCUGGGGAGCCUCAACAACCUCAUGAUGCUGACGAGGCAGAGAAGAGUCUCUGCAGAUCAGGACACCCCAAGAAAAACCAGCAGAGACCCAAAGGAAAGAAAACUCACCGCUGCUCUGACUGUGGGAAGAGUUUUGUUUUCUCAGGACAAUUAAAAUCACACCAGAGAACACACACAGGAGAGAAAUCAUAUAGCUGUGAUCAAUGUGGGAAGAGUUUUACUACAUUUAACAAUCUGAUGAUACACCAGAGAACACACACAGGAGAGAAACCUUAUAGCUGUGAUCAAUGUGGGAAUAGUUUUGUUUCAUCUGGCCUUCUGACUGUACAUCAGAGAAUACAUACAGGAGAGAAACCAUAUAGCUGUACUCAAUGUGGGAAGAGUUUUACUCAGCUAAGCAACCUGAUUUCACACCAAAGAAUACACACAGGAGAGAAACCGUAUAGAUGUAUUCAAUGUGGGAAGAGUUUUACUCAGUCAACCAGCCUGAUAUCACACCAGAGAACACACACAGGAGAGAAACCUUAUAGCUGCGAUGAAUGUGGAAAGAGUUUUGCUACAUCUAGCAAUCUAACACUACACCAGAGAACACACACAGGAGAGAAACCUUUUAGCUGUGAUGAAUGUGGGAAGAGUUUUACUACAUCUAGCAAACUGACUCUACACUACAGAACACACACAGGAGAGAAACCUUUUAGCUGUUCUCAAUGUGACAAGAGAUACUAUGAUAAAUGUUCUCUGAUUACCCAUCAGAAAAUACAUGCAUGAAGGUGUCAAUGAAAUUAUGUCACAAUGUUGAAUGUUUAACAAUGUAGAAUGAGUAUUUUAAUGAUGUCACAAUGUAGAACCCUAAACGUUUGCCCCCUGUUAUAUUGAUUUCAACAUGAUAUGGAUAUUAGCCUCAGGGGGAAAAUCCAGGCUCUGAAUUGGAAGAGUACUAUUUAUAUGAUUUAACAAAAAGUGAGUAACAAAAAAGUGCUGUCUUACACCUAUACACAUGGACGCAGUAUAAUAAAUUGGUCUGUAAUCAAUUUUAUUCACAUUCUUACAUCACUCCAGUAUUUCUUUGCGACUUUCAAACAUCCCACUGUCGAAGAUGCAUGUCUCAAAUCACCUCAUAUUUCAAACAUUCAGCCUGACAAAAGAUACAUGUUUUAUUAUUCCAUGCCUCACAAUUAAAUUAAUUAUUGCCAAUACAUAUUAACAAAGGUACAUUUGGUUUUCAUAUUUACAUUUAGUAAUAAUAAUUAUUUAUGCAACCAACUGACAAUUUUU